CGGCGAUAACGUCGGCGGCCGUGGUAAUACUGACUGACGUGACGGUGGAAAUAUAUAUUCGAAUAUGGAACACUAAAAUUUAAAUCGUUCGAACUAUUUCUCGCCGUUCACUCGAGCGUUCCAAUUUCGAAAUGGAAACUAGGAACGGACUUUUCGUGCGAUUGGUAUAGUUUUUAAAAUUUUGUUUUCGUCGUUUCCACGUUGAACAGUUGGCUGAUGUAAAAUUCAAGAACUUCGAUUGUUUGCUGCAGGAUUAUUUUUGUGUGAUGUUCUGUAUUGAUUAUUAGUACAAUUGAUGAUAGGAACAUAGUUCGGUAGUCUAUUUAUACCGGUGCAGCGACACUUGGCAGCACGAGGGGUGCUUCUUUAACAGGUCCUGUGGGAACAUUUCGAAGAAAUCAGCAAGCUGCAAGGCUUCCAUUAGCUCUAGUGAUGUGAACAUUGAACAAAAUGUUGCAUAGAACAUCCUCUUCGAGGCGUCGUCGAGCUUCCAGAAGUGCAGCUACUUCACCUCAGGCUAGAUCUCCGAGAGCUUCAGCACAGCCUUCAAGGAGAGCGUCAUUAGCUACCACGGAAACUGAUGAAGAAAUGGAUGCUCCACCACCACAAAGAAGUCCACGCGCCAGUCUUGCUCCUGACGCAGCCUUAGACUUGUAUCACCGUAGCCCAAGGCAUUCUCUAGUUCCUGAAGUAAGAUCAGCUAGAAACUCCAUUACUCCAGACACUGCUAUGUCAACAAGGAAUAAUCUCGCGCCCAAUAGAAAUAAUUUAGGCGUUGACUUGUCAUAUGGGUCACGGUUAAGUUUGAAUCCCCAAGAUUUUAACAGGAGUCCCAGGAACAGUAUUACUCCAGAUAUAACAGCUAGAAGUCCCAGACGGAGUUUAGUACCAGAAGGCACAUCUUGGAAUCAGCCUAGAAAUUCUCUUGUGCCAGAUGUAGGCAGGAGUCCGAGGCAUUCAGUAGCAAGUAUACAAAUUGAUCCGGGAAGGAGUCAAAAAGAUUUAGGGCCCAGUCCUAGGACUAGUCCUAGAGGGAGUAUAGCAACCGAUGUGCCAUUCAAGACGAAAGAGCUGCCUGAUAUAAAUAGAAGUCCAAGAGGUUCGUUAAUACCUGAUUCGCAAAGGAGCCCCAGAGGCAGUAUUGCCCCAUCAGAGAGAAGUGCAAGAGGUAGUCUGGUCACCGGUGAAGUUGAUACUGCUAGGGUUAGUCCACGAGGGAGUUUGACGCUUACGUUCCAAGAGCCUUUAGUGUCUAAAGAGAGGCGGGCAAGUGAAGAUAGUCAAGCUGCAGGGACAAAAGGUAGAAGUGUGUCUCCAUACAGGGCGUCCGUGGGUGGGCGGCACAGUGCUACGGGAGCAUUAUCAGAUACCGGAUCCAGGCGAGCUUCCAGUUCAGUUAGUCAGGUAUCAGGUGAUGAACAAAGAAGGUUAUGCGGUGAACAGGCCAAGUAUAACGACAGAACUGGCCUGGGCCUCGGGGUAGGGCUCACUACCUACGGCUCCGUGGCCUACCAACUGAAAGACGCCAAUAUGGAAGCAUCAGGGACUGUCGACUUUGUCUGUCGAGCUGCUAAAAUUAUGAACAGAACUAUCCUAAUGACAGUGUUCCUGGCCUGCCUCUCAACGUUACCUGUAAUCAUGCUGAUAAUGGGUGUUCAAUAUAUCAGAGAUUGUCCAGCCGAGCCCCGGAUACCAGUGUAUAUGGUUGUGGGUGGAGCCGCCGGAGGAGCAGGCAUCUGCUGGCUGCUGUGGGCUCAGCUAGCCAGUAGAAGCUCCAACACCUCAGCCAGCGUACCUGAGAGAGUUCUGGCUUAUACUCUCACUGUAUUUCUCAUGGGAUGGUUUGCGUUCGGCAACUAUUGGACACUGGGCAUCCUGUGGCCUGACUACGCGCCCACACUGUUCGAGCCUAACCAAUGGUGUCACAGGACGUUAUACGUGUUCGCUCUGACGCAACUUGGCGUGGUGUGGGGCGUCAUAGCGUUGCUAGUACUCUUGUUACUAGCGUUAGUAGUAUGCCAAGUGUUCGGCUGCGGUUGGCUCGGCCCACCGAGGUACAAGUAGCAACGGCGUAGCGUCGUGCUCGAGUUGUGGCACAGAAACAUCAACAACACCAUGGAUGUAGCCGGAGCCCUGCUGCCCUUUACGCAAGUCGUCAGACCGGAGCUCACUAUACACGUGCAAGAAGUCCUCACGCAGGCUGACAGGGAAGUAGACACACAGAAACCAAAGAAUCCCAUUCCAGAAAUAAAUGAACCCGAAAAAGACGGUCCGAAAAGUCCAAACACAGUGAGGGACGUAGCGACUUUGAAGUAUGGGAAAGGCAGUCCCGCCUGAUGGUUGUUGGUUGUGCUUCCGACGCAUGGCAAGAAACAUGUGCAUUUCGAAACGACAGACAAGAUUUAUUACUUUUAAUUCAUUGGUUACAGACUGUUUCUCAAUAUUCGAACAGGAAAGUAGACGACAAAAUUCAAAGAGCAGCAUGUGAAAGGUUACAUUAGCUAGUGUAUGUAGUUGAUCGAGUUGGUAAGCUUUUUGAGUGUUGAUUUAAAGGUGCUGAGUUGAUUUGACAAUUAGUGUUUAGUGCAACAUCCGAGCUCAACGCUGUUUGAUUUUGUGCUAUUGCGAAUUUUCGACGCAUGAUGGUGUAGUCUUAUAUGUGAUAGUAGAAUUAAAGCUAAAAGCAUUUCUAGUUUAAUUUGUUUUAUUAAACCCCUAUAUUGUAAUAGUGUAGUGUUGUAUAAACAUUUUUUUUUUUUGGCUAAGAUACAACGAAUAUUAAUUAGUAUUAGUAAUUUGUAAAAUGUAAAUAAAUUAACACUUCUAAAAAGUUACAAUUGAAUCAGUUGUCAUAUAUUACUGGGAAUAUUGAAAUUUAAAAAAAAAAUAUAUUGUCAUAUACAUAUCGGAUGCUUAAUCUUAUAUUUGAGAAUUGUAUACUAAUAAUAAUUAAUAAUUUUGUAUAAAUUUUAUGUGCACUGUAAUAUUGAAUGUCGUCGAUUUAAUUGAUGCGAUACGGGUUUGCUUCUCAAGAUACUUAUUCAAAAAGCUCAUAAGAAACUACUAAAAUAUCAAGGACUGCUUUUUUAUUAAUAUUUUUUAUAUGGGAAUAUUAACAUUAUUUACAAAUUAUAAAUACAUUAGUGUGUACGUGUGUAUAAUAAUAUUAUAUUCAUAUAUUACCAGCUUUAUUUUUUUUUAAUAUUUCUCUUCAUUUUUAAGCGGUUUGAAAAAUCCUAGGGUAUUUUUAUGCUAUCUGUUUAUGUGCAUGUUAUUUUUUAAUUUUACCAUUACUAAUCUGUUUUUGAUGCCACUUUCUGUAGUGCGUUUUUGGAUUUACUCCUUAUUCGCUUCAUACUAAUUUUGUUACAAUAAUGAUUUUGCAAUUUUUUGGUAUAAAUUCUUAAAUCAUUGAUUUGAUUAAAACGAAUGUUUAUUAUGUUUUCAUUAGUUUAAAAAAUAAAUUUACAUUUAAUAUUGUUUUUAUUAUUUAAUUUAACUUCCCAUUGUCUUGUUUUAUUAAUAUGUUUAUAUUUUUAACUAAAAUGACAGCAUAGUUGUCUACGAAUAACUUGGUUUACAAUCUAUAGAGCCAAUCAGUAGAGUCCAGUCAAAAAAUCAUUUCGAGUUAUCGGGAGUCUUUUUGACUUUAGAUAUCUAUCUCCUUGGACAGCUAUACUUCGUAAUAGAUUCUGUUUAAUUGAUGUUUGACGUUUGAAUUUGACAGUGUCAAUUUGACAUUUAAACCAGUUGCUGUAACUGUCAAGUCAUAGUAAUGUAGUCAUUAGUAGUAUUUAGUGUAUAAAAUAUAUUAUCUCGAAUUCUGAAAUCAAAUAAGUCGCAUCAAGUUGCAUGGAGCAGGCUUUAAUAGAAAUUUUGUGAAAUAAUAAUAUUUUUAUAGAAUGAAACUAUUAGUAAUGUACUUUGAUGUGAUUAUAGAUGGUGAAUAUUUAUUAUAUUCAUAAAUAUUAUAUCAGUAUUUCGUGUUUACAUUAGUUUUUUAUUCGGUGAACAAAAACUAUGAUGAUUUAAAUUUUUCAAAAUUGUCUAUACGUCCUAAAAUUAAGAUAUCGUCCCGUUAAUAGACCAAUUUUCGAAACGGAAAGCUUUAUGAGACAUUUAUAACUUAUUUAUCAAAUUUAAUGGAGUAUUUAAAAGUUGCUAAGAACCAAUACAGAGUCAGAGAUAUUAUUUAUUUUUAAUGGUGCUGUUUCAAUUAUCAUUUUAAUAUUAAAUAAUGAGAAAUGUAAAAACAGCAAUGCGUAUAGAAUUGAAAUUUUUACUCGUAGACUAUAAACUAGGUAUUUGACCAUAUUUGAUAGAUUUGUCAGAGUAGUUAACAUGUCAAGUAGUUCAAUUUUAAACCUAAGAACAAGGAAUUACAUAGAAGGAAUAAUAAAAUAAAAACUGUAAAUCAUAUGGUUGCCUCCUUUCUUCUUAUGCAAGUAUAAUUAGUAAAAAGAGGACGAAAGAUACUCCAUCAGUUGCUAUUAGCAGGCUAGUGUAUAGAAAAUGUUAUACGGCCGUAUAACCCUACCAAAUUAAGAUACAAUCUGCUUGCAUGCUUUCUACACAAACUGUGUCGAAUAUAUAAUCUAGUAAUGUAAAAUUUGUUAUUAACAAAUAAUUGACAUGUCAGUAUAAAAAAAAAUUACAUACACAUUUUCUAUAAACUAGCCUGCUAUGAAUUGAAUAAAAUAGAAACUGAUGGUGUAUCUUUCGUCUCAUUUUUACUAAUUGUAUUUGCAUAAGAGGGAAGGAGGCAACCAUAUGAUUUACAGUUUUUAUUUUAUCAUUCCUUUUAUGUAAUUUUUUGUUCUUAUUUUUAAACAAGCGUUUGACGGUAAUUAUUAUUCUUAAACUAUUGCAUAGAUAAAGAAUAGAAUUUACGAUCCUAACCGAUGUAUAUCUUACAUAUUGGAUGCACGAGUUACUUGUCUAUGCCUUUAUGUAUCACUAUGAAAUAGUGUCGAUGCUUUUCUAACAAAUUAUACUGAAGACUUUAGCAAACAAGUAAAAAUAAUCACAAUUAUAUCCAAUGUACAUAAUGUAGUGAAAUAAAAGUAUAUAUAGUAGUUCUAAUGAGGCUCUUCCAAAAAAAUAUCAAUUUGUUGUUAUAUUUGGAGAUACUCCAUUAUUGUAAUAAUUUUUAAUUAUUUAAAUAAAAGAAAGAUGGAGGACAAAGGAGAAAAAGUUAGGUAGUAUUCAUUAUUUGAAUAUCAUUGCCUUGAUUUUGUAUCAAUUUUCUUGGCACGUUAUGAAUUUUUCAUUAAUAAUAACAUUUUGAUUUGAUGUCAAAUUUGGUAGAAUUUCAUUAAUUUUUAUUAUAUCAAGAUCCAGAUUUUGUGUUUUGUUGUUUCUUUUUUUGUUGUUUUAACAAUAGCAAGUUUAAUAAAAUUUUCCUUCUGUUCGAUAAAGUAGUAAUAAAUAAACAAACCAAUUUUGACAUUUUAUAAUAUUUGUAACAGUAAUAAUUAUAUUUACAUUUAUUAAAUCUUAAAUUUUUAUGUUAAGAAAUCAUAAAACUUAACACAAUUUUAGAUUCUGUCUUUUUUUGGAAGACCCUCUUUAAUAAAAUUAAAUACUAUUUAUUGUAGAGAAAAAAAAUUGCAUCAAAUACGGACAAGUUGAAGAUAGUAAAACUUGAUUUAAUGGCGGUGAAAUUUUUUUUAACGCCAUAUUGAAAGUUUAGGUGGAAAAGAACUGGAUAUGGGAACAUACUAAUCCUGUAGAUAUUUUUAUAGUAACAAGUAUCUAUAAUCAAUGAGGCAACAAAAAUAUCAGAACUAAUUAAUAUUUAUUGCAUAUCUAUUCAUAUCCUAAAGGAAUAUUAUUAAGUAGUACCAAUUGUCAGUAUAAUGUAGAUACUAUAUUUUAUAGGAAAUAGGAAUAAUUUUUUUUAUUCAUAUGUACCAUUUUGUAAAUUUUUGUUCAAAACUUUAAUUGAAAUUAUUUUAAAUAUUUCUUUGUUUAGAGAUUUUCUCAACCAACUUCAAAUAAAAAAAUUUAAACUUUAAAAAUUUUAAAUUAAUUAAUUUAAAAUUAAACUGUAUUAUGUAUUGUAUUAUUGUAUUAUGUAUUCUGCAAUGUAAAAUCGAAUUUCCAGCAUUCUCGUAAAAAAUUAGUAUUUAGACAGCUGGAUGCAUAAUCGUCGUUUUUUUUAUCACAAAUGGAAAUAAAUAAAGGAAUUUCGAUUUCAUCCUGUAUUUUGAAUUAGAUAAUAAAAUUUCUUUAUUUUGAACUGUCUGAAUUAUACUGAGUUUCGAAAUAUUUUUACACUGUAUUAUACUGAGAUUCGGAUUAUUUUUACACUGUAUUAUACUGAGUUUCGGAAUAUUUUUACACUGUAUUAUACUGAGUUUCGGAAUAUUUUCACAUUGUAUUAUACUGAGUUUUGUGGUAUUUAAUGAGAUAAUUUAAUUAAAAUUAAUGUAAUUUCUUUUACUAUGUUACAUUAUGUUAAUGAAUUUCCUAAUAAUGUAAAUUUAUUAAUGUUAGAUAUUGUAUAUGAUUAGUGCCUAUAGCAUACACAUGCUUUAUAUUACGACCACUAUAUUAGAGUUAUAGAUUCCCUUGUGUUAUCUAUCAUACAGAAUAAUCUAUAAAUUAUGGGAGUUACUGAUAACAAUUAAUAAAGACUAAGAAUAAAUAUAAUUAUAAAUAUAAAUAACCAGAAUCAUGACUUUAUGAUUUUUAUUGAAAUAUAAAAUUAAACAAAAUAAUGUAAAAAAUGUAUUUGCGUGUCUUUAUUGUGAUGAAAUGAG